CGACCUUGGAGUAGUAUUUGAAGUGUUUUCUUUGGAUAUCGACAUAGAAGGGAAUAGACUUUGAUAAUUGUCGAAAUGAACGUCACGAAUUUCUUCCACAAUUUGCCGAAAAUUGAAUUGCAUGCUCACCUUUCAGGUAGUAUCAGUAGGACGUUUCUGAAAAAUGCACUAACUGCUCAUCAGGAUAUUCACAAUAUUUAUUCGCACUUUGGUAAUUGUUUGCGCGAAAGUGAUCUUGAAGGUUGUUUCAACUGUUUUCGCACUAUUCAUAAUCUAAUUCAGACGCCGGAAAUUUUGGAAUUGGCAACAACUUCUGUCGUUGAAGAAUUUCAUCAAGAUAAUGUUAUAUAUUUAGAAUUGAGAACUACAUUGCGACCGAUUCCUACUCAUCGUUCUUAUUUAGAUGCCGUAAUUAAAGGCAUACAAAAUGCCCCAAGUGUAAUCGAUGGAAAAAUGUGUGUGACACUAUUACUAUCUAUAGAUAGGUCAAAAAGUAUUGAUGAUGCAUUAAUCACCUUAAACUUGGCCAAAGAAUAUCUUUCUAAUGGAUUAAUAUCUGGUAUUGAUGUCAGCGGAAAUCCGCAAGUAGGAAAUUUAUGUGAUUUCAUUCCAAUGCUAAAUGCAGCUCAUUUGUAUGGUUUAAAAACAACUGUACACAUUGCUGAAACACCUGAUCAAAGUGAAGAUUGGUUCAAAUUUUUAAAGAAUCACUUACCAGAUCGUUUGGGACAUGGAACAUAUUUAACAAAUUCGGAUGUAAAUGCAAUUGCGGCAAAAGAAGUUGUGCUGAAUUCUCGGAUACCCUUAGGCUACGAACUACACCUGUCAUGUCAGAGCUAAAGAUACUACCCAAACUUAAGUAGACGGAGGGGAUUCGAACCUCAGAGCUCAUCGGUUUGAAGCUAAGAGGCUGU